AUGCUUGCUCCACAGCUGUGCUUCGAUGGCUAUUGGACGGCACUGAAGUGUUGCAAUGAUGCUGACCCUUUCUGGAUGCAGAAGUGCUGGACGGGCGAAGGGCGGCACAUGGAGAUCUGCUGUCACGGCCGGGCAUUGCAAGCUCGAGAUCAUUUGCAGAAGAAGCUGAGGCAAGUCAAGUUGUCUCAGGGCCCUUGUGCUGGAUCUUUCGACUUGUCCGAAUUCAGCAACAUGGGGAUGCUGGCUUCGGCAGCGAAAUGGGUGGUGACUGAUGCAGAUCUGCGUGCACGAGAAUCAUUUCAGUUUGGGCAUCGCCAGCUUCCCGAUCGGUGUUCUCAGAUAGCACUGCAUGAGGAUGACGAGUCAGCAGCGGUUCGCCUGUGGGAUAUGCUCGGCCAGGGGCGCACCAGACGCCUCCUGAAUUUCGGGGCCGGUAGCUGGAGCGAUCCUCUCUGGGCGAUUGCCUUACAGCGGAAUGCAACGGGCCUUUUCGUUGACCCAGUGGGCCCGCCCAAAGAGUUCCUGCCACGGGCAGGCAUACGCUUUGUCAGUGACUUUGUUCGGCCUGACAAUAUUCGCAAGCUACUGCGCG